CUCAUCAUUUUCUCUUAUUGGUCGGCCCCAACAUCGCCAGGGAGAGUGUUUAAAAAGCAUCAUAUUAUUCCAUCUAGCGCAAGUCCAUCUCGAGGGUGCGGAGGAGACUAUAUAGUUCUGCAAACAGUGCGCGAUCCAGAGGAGGCGGGAGAAAACACCUGUUACGGAAGAAUCAAUUCGACAAAGCAGCCUCCACGUCUUCGACAGAGAAACACCCUUGUAUCCCACCUGGUGAAGCCCAGUGGGAUAAUGUGGGUUCUGGACAAGAUCCGUGGGUCAGUAGAGACCACUGUUCUCCGGCGGGGGGAGAAUGGGGACAAGGACGGCAAUACUCCAGUCUACAGCAACGUCCUCACCCCUGAUAAGAUCCCUGACUUCUUCAUUCCCCCCAAGCUGGUCUGCUGCCCCCCAGAGCCUGAGACCCUGGACGUCGUCAAGCCCAAGGAGGGGCUGCGGCCCUCGGCCUCUGAGCAGACCAUUGGCAGUAAGAAAAUCAGCAGCCCUCGCAGCCCGCGUCUGGUUGCCAAGCUGGCUGGAGACACCAAGAACCUGUUGAGGGCCGCCAACCGUCACAUUAUCCAGAUAGAGAGCGCUGAUGACGUGGUGGCAGAGGACACAAACGCUGACCCUCAGUCUCAGACCGCUAUGUCACUGCCCUACGUCCCCAAGACCCAGACUUCCUAUGGUUUUGCCACUUUGAUGGAGAGCCCCCACACCCGCCGAAAGGAGUCCCUUUUCCAUUGUGACCAGACCAGCCCCCUGACCUCUCCCAACUCCCAGAGGAAGGGGAAGAGCAGCGUUAGCGAAUGCAACCACCUCAACCCCCCUGACUUCAACGCCUCUCACAACCCGUACCGCUACUUUAGUGGAGGGGAGAGUGAUACCUGUUCCUCGGCUGAGUCCUCUCCCUUCAACUCCCCACUUCUCUCCCGCUCUGCCUCGCUGCUCAAAGUCUUCACCCACGAGACACAGGCCAAGGUGGUGAAAGCCAAGAGGACGUUUGCCCGCCACAGCUCCUUGUCCACAGACGAGUGCAGCUCGACCGAGCCCAGUCCCAACGUGCUGCGGCGGCUCCACUCCUCUUCACUCCAUGGCGGUGGGCCGUCGGACCGGGAGCACACAGUCAACCUACACAAGGGUGGCAGGGUGAGGCUCAGCGCCGACUACGAUGCUGGCACGGCCCGCCUGCGCAUCCGCAUUCUGGCUGCCGAAGAGCUCUACGACAAGAUGUACGACAUUAAGAGUAUCAACUGCUGCGUGUCACUGUACCUCAACCCUGGCAAGCUGCAGAAACAGAGGAGCACUAUCAUCAAGAACAGCCGAAAUCCUGUGUUCAACGAGGACUUCUUCUUUGACUCUGUGACCUCAGUGCAGGUGAAGAACCUAGCAGUGAAAAUCAAGGUGGUGAAUAAGGGCACCAGCCUGAAGAGAGACACUCUGCUGGGGGAGAGAGAGAUCCCUCUGGGGAAGCUGCUCCAUGGCCUCUAGGUCUGUCCUGGCGAUACAGAAUAGUACUCUGACUGACACAGAAUGAGACUAUGAAUGAUAAUGUGCAUGAAAAAAAUAUAUAUAACUGGGGUUAGAUGUUUGCUUGGUCUCCCCUAUAUUCACAUAGAACUGUCUGAAAGGAACAGUUCAUUUCCAGUCAAUGUCUGGUCUGGUCUAGCAGUUUGUCUCUUAGCUGGUCACCUCCUCAACCUUCUGUUUUCUGAACCUGAAGCCCUGCACAGCCCAACUUGUAGAUCAGGUGGUUGACAAUCGAAUAUGGCACAGGUCAAAAAACACCUGCUCGUUUGAGAGACUCACUUUUUGUACUCUCUUGAUCUCGACGUUGAAUGUCGCAUGGUUGCAAUUACAUGUGACUCAGACAAUACAGGAUGCGAGUCUCUAUGAUUCCGUUUUUAUUCAGCACUACAAUGCUUUUAUGGAUCAGGGGGUCUUUGAUGUCGCCACUAUAACUUGAUGUGCAAAUUAUCCUUUGAUCCUGAUUGUUGUUGCAAUCCACAGUAGCCUACUACCAGAAGGAAGGCUAGUCUGUUAUGUGACCACAAUGUCCAAAACCUGGAGAAUAGAGAUCAGACGUCACCAUCUGCUUCCCGUGCGCUUGGCAUGAAUAUGUAAAUGCAGUGAUAUGUUAGCAGUUUGUACUUCAGUUUCAUAACACCCACAAGCCUUACCAAGAGUGAUAGAUAGACAGAAAGAGAGAGAGAGUGAGAGAGGGAGGGAGGGAGAGAGGGUGUAUGCAUUACAUUUUAAAGAGUGUGACAUUAUUCAAAGGUGUUUUUAUUUCAUACAUAGAUGUUGUAUUUGUAUGAGAAAUAUGCUUCAGUAUGUGGACACCUACUCGUAAAACAUCUAAUUCCAAAAUCAUGGGCAUUAAUAUGGAGUUGGUCCCCCCUUUGCUGCUAUAACAGCCUCCACUCUUGUGGUAAGGCAUUCCACUAGAUGUUGGAACAUUGCUGCGGGGACUUGCUUCCAUUCAGCCAUUAGUGAGGUUGGGCACUGAUGUUGGGCGAUUAGGCCUGGCUCGCAAUCGGCGUUCCAAUUCAUCCCAAAGCUGUUCGAUGGGGUUGAGGUCAGGGCUCUGUGCAGGCCAGUCAAGUUCUUCCACACCGAUCUCAACAAACCAUUUCUGUAUGGACCUCGCUUUGUGCAUGUGGGUAUUGUGAUGCUGAAACAGGAAAAGGCUAUGGAGAUUGCAUGGCUGUAUGCUUGAUUUUAUACACAUGUCAGCAACGGGUGUGGCUGAAAUAGCUAAAUCCACUAAUUUGAAGGGGUGUCCACAUACUUUUACAACAUUAUGACUUUGUAAAUUAUGUACUGCUCCCUGCUGGAGAGUGAAUGAUUAGCAGCCCCCUGACCCUGAAAACCUUAUAAUUUGCUGAUUUCAUUAUUAUGAUGCUGACCUGUGUUUUCCACUCCUGGCAGUGUAGACAAGCCACUAGGCCAGAGGACUGAGAAAGGAAAAACAUUUACAAUAUGUUUUUUACAAUAAACAUUAUUUGACAUGAAGGAUAGUCUUCUACUCUCUGCAUGUGCUCUGCUGUCCUUUAAAAUGAAUUACAAUACAUCUGAUCUGAUUGCAAUUUCAAGUAGGAAACAGAGGAAAGAAGCAGAGGUUGUUUCUGCAGAUGGUUAAAGGGUCACCACACACAUUCAUCUUUGAGAUAUGGAGUCAUUUAAUCAUGUCAAACAUGACUAUUUUACAGAAAAUAGCCAUUGUUUUUGUGAGUUACAUUCCCUGUCAUGUUUGAACCUAGACUAUACAAUAGAGCUCUCUACAAUACCAUUGCGUUUCUCCAAACUUAUACUUUAUAUAACUUUAUUUUGCUCUAACUAUGAGGAUUUUGUUAUUGUGUAAAAUCUGUAAUCUGCUACGAUACUAUUAAAUGAUUGAUCUGUGUGUGUUCAAUGCUCAUGCUAUGCCUGCUGUACAUGGGUGCGUGCUCACUGAGUUGUAACCAAUCCCUUUUUUGGCUUACAUCGGCAUGACUAAAAAGCAAAAAUAUUGUCAGUAGAUUUUAUAAUACUUCAUUGUAGUAGGCAGGGUCAAAAUGUAGCCUAAGUGCUUUUAUGAUGAAAAUUUAAUUAAAUCUAAAAGUGAGUAGUGUAUUUUCGUGAUUGCCAACUAUUUUUGUAAUUGAUUGUCUUUUCUAGUUUCUCAUCUACAGAUGUAGGAUUUUAAUUUGAGCCAGUUUUCUACAGCAGUAAAUAAUCCUGUAGCAGCAGGAAAUUUGAAUUAUUAUGUGGAUUAUAAUUAAUGGACAUUUUUGUGGGCUUUGAUACAUUUUUCGUUACGGCAAAUCAAGUCUGAAAUUUCAAAGUGGAAAUUACAAUCUUUAGAAUCCUUUUAAAAACUCAAAUACACGACAAGUUUGCAUUUCCUACUGUGCAGGAAAAUUCUCAGCAACAAAAGAGUUAUCAAAUUAAGAUCUUACAUCUGUAUUUAAAAAAGACAGCCCAAUGUACAUUUGAACUAGGAAUAAUUCUCCUGAGAAAUGAAAACUGUGCUGCAAGCUAUCUCACUACGCAAUUAAAAAAUAAAAAAAAGAUCAUCAAAAAAUUCAAAUGGAUUCAAUUAACUUUCUCCUCAUGACUGUGUUUUCAGUUAUGCUAUGAUUUGAAGUGCUUUAAAUACUGUAGGUCACACCUCCUUGCUGAUUAUCUUCUAUACCAACCACAGGGUUAAUUAUCCUGGUUGAAUACACUGUAAAUAUAUAUAUCUUACUAACUAGGCUGCUUAUGGUGCCCAGGUGUGUUGUUUUGUGGGAUGCCAGUGGGAGGGCUUGCUGUCAGCUGAAUAAUGGAUAAAUAUAUGCAUUAUACAUGCAGUCAUGUAUCAAAUGAAUACAGUGGUUUUAGAUCUGAGCACCUGAUUUCUAACAGUGGAGGAAUACCCACUAUCCUCUAUGAUGUGUGUUUUUCUCUGUUUGUUAUGGGGAAGCCCAACAUCUCUAUUGGGAGUGCAGAAAACCUGCAGAUGUAUAAUGUAUAUAGCCACUUUAAAUGGGUUUGCCAUCAUAGUAUGGACUUGCUUUUUAGAAUUAGACCUCUGCUUGAUGCAUUAGAUACACAGUUAGCCAAUUUGAUUGCCAACCUUGAUUUAAGUCUCUGAGGGAUUGCCAGAAUGAACUUUACAAUUAGCUAGCUGUUGGUGUUCGGAAAUCCUUCCUCGUUAUUCUGUGCUAAAUGGCUAUUUAAUUACACAAGCUAAAAAGUUCUGACUGUCAAUUUUUUUAAAUUAUACUCUGAAGACUCUGCUUAUGCGAAAUAAUGAAAGUGGGGAUGAUAUUUAUUUCAGUGAUCUAAUUUCUGCAGUGGAGAGGAGAUGUUUAAUAUGCUGAACUUGUUCUGUUUCUCAAGAAAAUGAAACAAGUGCCAAUCCGUCAUACUUGAUGCCAAAUUCUUUAAUUGUUAUCUCAAGGUGUUAGAUAAAUGAUGGAUACUAGUUAGUUUCUAUCUACUGUAUUGUUAUUGUUGGUGUGAGUACGUAUGUCUUUUAUACUGUGAUGUCAUUAGUAAUGGACACCUGUGGGUUUUCCUGCCUGUUCCUUAAACUGUGUUGAUAUAGGCCUAUGUAUGACUAUGAAAUGCCUUGAUUAAAAGCAAAUGUAUUGUA